CAUUAGAAAAUUAAAUAUAAUUCGAAUGCUCAAAGUAUUGUGUAUACUCGUAUAUAAGUCUGCUUGCUUUAUUGGAAUAUGCCAGCUAGGAAGUGUUUUUGGAGUAAAAUUGUAUUAGUGGCGUUAUUAGGAGCGAUCAGUUUGAUUUUAUUUGUAAUUUCGCUAAAAAUAAACUUUCAAUGGGCCCUUACACAAGAACACAUUCGAUUUCGAAAAGGCUUCCCCUCACAAGAAAAUUGGAUAUCAUCGCCAUAUGGAACUUUGAAAAGUUACCUAUUUAACGUCACGAAUGGCGAAGCUUUUCUUAACGGUAGUGAUUCAAAAAUUAAGCUGCAAGAGAUAGGACCAAUCGUGUAUCGUAUUAAGGGAAAAAAUGAAAUAUUGAACCAAACUGACUCUAGUCUUACCUAUCAGAAAUUACGUUAUGACGACAUACAGUUUGACGCAGUCGGCAGUUGUGCUCCAGAUAUACUUAAUCAAACAAUAAUUUUACCAAACUUUAUUUUGUUCGGCACUGCUGCUAAAUUCCAUGAUUGGGUUUUUCUUGUGAGACAUGCUUUUAACGCUAUAACAGUAAAGGAACCGGUCCUAAUAAAAGAAACAAUAAAUUAUUUUUUGUGGAACUUUACAACACCUGCUUUAAAUUCACUGUCCAGCUAUGUACCAAAUAUUGUUUCAAACUGUGGGAUGCUGCAUAAUGCACUCAAAAAGAAGCAAGAAAUAUACAAUGUAAAAAUAGGUUCAAAAAAUGGAGUAAAUAAUUUUUUUAGAGUUAAUUCUUUGAAUCAAAAAAAAUUCUUUCCUGAACAAAUUAAUCGCUUAAAGAAUUUAAAGCAGACAACUGAUUCCCAAUACUGUCCAAUUGAGUUAUCGGAAGCUUUUGAUAAUUCAUUGUUUACACCAUAUUUGGAUCCUGAACGUGAAAUAACUAUUAUUGCUGGUGAAGCUUGUAGAACGCAUCUUUUAAACUAUGUUGAUACUGUACACCAUUUGGGGUUCAAAGGCUUUCGCUACGCUAUUAACGAUAACUCUGUAGAGACGAGUUGUUUGGAGGAUGCUAUGGGAAUAAAGUUGCAUAAAGGAAUGUUUGAUGUUUCGAAAUGUCUUUUUAAUGACGUUCCCUCUGCAUUUUCACUUCCGCAUUUCUAUGGUUCGACUUACAAUUGGAGUGAACAUUUUGAAGGAUUAUCACCAAACCAAAAGGACCAUGAAGCCAUAAUAGUAAUAGAACCAAUAUCUGGUAUACCAAUUGAAGAAAAAUACAGAUUUCAAUCAAAUAUUCCUUUACCUGAUAUGGCUGGUUAUAGUAAAGAAUUGCAGCGGUUCAGUAAAAUGGUCAUACCGACAUUCUGGUAUGAAUAUGAUUUGGAUGACUUGCCGCCGAUGGUGCUUUUCUUUAUGCGUUUCAAUGUACAUGUAACGCCAAUAGCUCAACCUAUUUGUACUGUUUUCUUAUUACUUUUUACCAUUUGGUGUUUUCUAUACACCUGUGUUACUCUCAAAGGUGUAAAAAUAUCGCAUUUGCUGUUAAACCUUUUAAAUUACAAAAGCAAAUAAUAUGCAAUUUUAAACGUAUUUGUAAACCAAAUGAAAUUAAAAAAACGUUUGGUAUAUUUGUAUUUAUAACACAGCACCUCCAAAAAUAUA